AUGAACCUAGCUGAACUUCAAAGUCUGGACAACGAAGAGCUGUUCAAGCUCGGAAAAGAACUUGGCGUCAUCGAGAACGGCAAUAUGCCGCAGCGCCGCGACAUGAUGUCUAAGGUGCUCUCUAACUUGUCGGAGAAGAACGGCAACCUCAAGGCGGGCGGCAUACUGAGCAUCCUGAACGACGGCUACGGUUUCCUGCGGCAGAGCAGCGGCAGUGCCAGCAACUCCGACGUCUAUGUGUCGCAGUCGCAGAUUCGGCGCUUCAGCCUGCGCACCGGCGACGAGGUUAUGGGCCAGGUGCGGCCCCCCAAGGACGGGGAGCGCUACUUCGGGCUGGUGCGAGUCGAAGAGGUCAACAACAUCGAGCCCGACCGCACCCGCAGGCGACGCCACUUCGAGAGCCUGACCGCCAUCCAUCCCGAGCAGCAGAUCAAGCUGGAGACGCGCAAUAACCUCGUUUCCACGCGGCUGAUCGACAUGCUCGCGCCCAUCGGCAGGGGGCAGCGCGGCCUGAUCGUGUCGCCGCCCAAGGCGGGCAAGACCACGCUGCUCAAGCAGAUUGCCGACGGCAUCGCGGCGAACGCGCCGGACAUCCAGAUCAUGGUCGCGCUCAUCGGUGAGCGCCCCGAAGAGGUCACGGAUGUUACGCGCUCGGUGGAGGGCGAGGUGUAUAGCUCCACAUUCGACGAGCCGGUGGAGGACCACUGCCGCGUCGCGGAGAUGGUGCUGGAGCGCGCCAAGCGCCUUGUGGAGAGCGGCAAGGACGUCGUGAUCCUGCUCGACAGCAUCACGCGGCUCACACGGGCGUACAACCUCGCAGUGCCCAGCAGCGGGCGCACGCUCUCAGGCGGCAUGGACCCGGUCGCGCUCUACCCGCCGAAGAAGUUCUUCGGGGCGGCGCGGAACACGGAGGAGGGCGGCUCGCUCACCAUCAUCGCGGCGUGCCUGGUGGACACGGGCAGCCGACUGGACGACCUCGUGUACGAGGAGUUCAAGGGGACGGGCAACAUGGAGGUGCAUCUCGACCGCCGGCUUGCCGAGCGCCGAUUCUUCCCGGCGAUCGACAUCGAGCGCAGCGGCACACGGCGCGAGGAGCUGCUGCUGGACGAGGCAACGCUUCAGCAUGUCUGGCUGCUGCGCCGCUUCGUGGGGCUGCACAAGUCGCAGGGCGAGGACAGCGCCAUCGAGGUUAUCGACAAGAUCAUGAGGCGCACGAAGAGCAACCGAGAGUUCCUCACCAACCUGCCGCGCCUCGCGCAGGAAGUAUCCCCCGCAGGCGGUAGCAGCCGUCAGGCAGCCGGCGCCGGGCCGUCAGCGUUCGGGCGUCAUUUCAUGACCAUUCCAUGA